UGGCCAAUCACAGGCGAGCUCACAGCGAGUACCGCAUAACCAAAAAAUUGCAAUUCGACUUCUCUCUGAUUGUUUCCACAAUUAAAAUUGAAAAUAUUGAUACGUUAAUCCGAUUCGCGUGAUAGAAUUUUCAAUUUACGCGCACAAUGCAACUUACGCAAAUUUUGUGCAGGUUUACUAACAAACUGCCGUAUAGGUUUAGAGGAAAAUAUCGCAUAGUUAAGAAACCGUCGAUGAAGGACUUGCUUCAGAUGAGACAGGAUUUCGAGAGAGAAGAGAAAAACAUGCUGAUACUGCGACAUCCUUAUCUUACAAUUGAACAAGAAAAAAGUCACAUGUCCCAUGUCAACAGAAAAUCAAAUUUUUUGGAGUUAAAGUACAACGAAAGGAACGAGAAAUUUGAGAAACAAUAUACCAUCGCCGAACAACUUCGUCACUUGAGAAUUACGGAAGGGUGGGAUUAAGACGUGGGUUCCAAUGUAUGCGGUACGAAAUGUUAGUUAAAUAUGAGGAUAUUAUUUGUUUUUUUUUUUUUUUUCUAUCUACAAACGUGUAUGUCUCAUCGAUCGUGUUCGUUACAGAAUGUUUUGAGUGCGUUACAGAAUAUUUCAAAUAUAGAAGAAACAUCAUCUUA